AUCUGGUAUAGUUCGCCCGUCUUAGUUAGCUACUUGUUUGCUGAUGUAGGUAAUCAUAGGACAAAAUAACUAGCAAAAAGCAGGGAAAGACGACAUGGAGAAAAAUAAAUUAACGAAAAGAGUUGAAGACACAGAAAAUGAUGUAAAAAAUAUGGCAAUUAGUGGAUCAGAUAGUAAAGGCAGAGAGUGUGUGACAGAACAGUAUGCUGAUACAUGGCGCAGCACACCGCGUUCAACAACAAAAACGUCUCCAGAUGAACAAAUUAAAAGAUUAAGGAUAAUGUUUGAGUCAGUGGAAGAUAUGCUGAAAUCUCCUGAAUAUGACAAAGACCUUCAAGACGAGUUGUCUGCAGCGUGUCCUAACUACAUGACAGUUUUCCUAACAUCGAAACGAGAUUUAUUGAGAAAUGAUUGUGGAAUCGUCGUGGCAGGAGAAACCAGUGCUGGCAAAACUACUCUCAUAAACCAGCUUGUUAAGAAGAAGGUUUUCGCCACAAGUAAUUUGGCAGCUACUGGUACCAUCACCAGGAUUCGAGACUCAGAAAAGUUGGCAGUAAAAUGUUACACAAAAGACGAAACUUUAAAGAAGGCGGAAGAAGUAGCAGAUGCUAAAAAACUGAGAUCUGUUAUUAAAGGACUAACUGAUAUAAGUAAAAUCCCGGAGGAUUUAAAGGACAUAUACUAUGUUGACGUCUACUUGCCAGUAGCAAUUUCAAAGGGAAACGUUAUUAUUGUGGACACACCUGGUAUUGGAGAGAAUGAAAAGUUGGACAGCAUACUACUGGAUUUCUUGCCACAUGCAGUCUCUUUUGUGUUUAUAGUUAAUGCAAAAAAUGCCGGUGGAAUACACGAAGACAGGCUUUCAAAAAUUUUGAAAACCAUUAUGGACAAUCGCGAAAACAUGCCUUGUUUUGAUCCACGGGAGGUCAUGUUUCUUACAAAUCAGUGGGAUAUCAUAGACAAUGACGAUCCCGUGUCAGACGAAGACAGUGAAAAUGAAGAAGAUGAUCAGCAAACACAAACAUGGAAGCUCAUUCAAAGCAAACUGAGCAAGGGCUGGGGUUGGUUUAAUGUUGAGAAUGUAUUCCGUAUCAGCUUAAAACAGGUUGACAAAGGGAUCAGCAAUUUCUUUACUGAUGAAUACAGACGGUUCGAAACUUUGUUAAAGGAAACGAUCCACAAAAAUGAAAACAAGAGAGUGGAGUUCUACUAUAGGUUUUUGAAGGAUUUCAUCCGAAAUGCUGAGAGAGGAACACUAGCUAGAUUAAAACUACUGGAGCGUUCAGAAAACGAACAGCAGCGAAUCAUGGAUCAAAACAAUGUAAAGAUCCGAGAUUUAGAAUUGAAGUGCAAGCAGUCCAAAGAAGAAUUAGUAUCCUAUAAAACCAAAAUAACUUCUCAGCUUACAGAAAAACUGUAUACCUACCUUAACUCAAGUCAUGGACGGGAAGAAAUUUUGAAUCCUCCGGGUAAAACUAAAAUAUGGAAUGUCGCGUACAGAUCGGUUGGGCAAGAAGUGCAAUCACGACUUCAGAGUGGAAUAAAUCGAUGGUGCGAUGGUCAAGAAGUAAAAGCAAUCAUUGAAGAGGCAGACGCAAAAGUUAGACUCAGGGUCAAGGAUAUAGAGUCGAAACUGCUGGAAAUUGAGAUUGAGAUGACAGGAGUAGACCCAAGAGUCGAAGGCAGUACCAUUAUUCUCGGACUAGGGAUGAGUCUUGGGCUUCUCUUUUUACCCUUUUCAAUAGUAUUUACGUUUGUUUUUACUAUUGUUUUUGCACCAAUAUAUUUUGCCUGGGGGUGGGUUAUCGGAUCGGCAGGUGUUCAGAAAAAGGCAGAUGCCAUUUAUGAUGAGUGUGUUGGAAAGAUAUCAAAGAAUGAAUUAAAGGAAGGUUUCGAAAAAUCGUUUGGUGUUGAAUAUGGUAAGGUUAUUGUUCGCAUUUUUGAGGAAAGUGUGCCAAAGGUUAUAGAAAGUCUUUUAAUUACAAACAAAAAGCUUCUUGCCGAGCACAAGGCUAUAAAAGAGAAAAGUGAAUCAUUCAUGCGAUUAAAAGGUAAAAUUCUAAAAAUCCAGACAGCAACCGAACAUUUUGAAAGUGACUUUGAACAGCUUCAUUGUCAUUGAUUGUGUUGACUAACAUGAAGAGGUGUCAGGGAUGAAAGCGCAUAAAAGUGUUUACCUAUUUCUAAUAAACUACUUUUCUAAAAUUAACAACACACUUUUUUAGACGUGUCUAAGGUAUUUGUUGUUAUUGGUUAUGCAUUUGCAAUCAGUGACUAUGAUUACGCUUAUAUCAGUACUUGGUGUUUUGUUGUUGUUAGGGAUGACGGUCCUAUUAUUCUUUAUGAUUGAUUGUUUUGCUUAAUAUUAAUCUAAUGAGUUCAGCAUUUGUCAACUGAAUACUCGUGACUCUGCGUCCGUCGUUGUCGUCCGUCGUCGUCGUCGGUCGUCGUAAACUUGUACAAAAAUCUUCUCCUUUGAAACUACUGGUUCAAAUUUAACCAAACUGGACCACAAUCAUCAUCGUUGACUCGGACACCCAACCUAGAUGGACGCCAUUGCUAAAAAUAGAACAAUUGGGUGAAAUGUAGAUGUUGGCUUAAAACUCUGAAAGCAAAGCAUUUAGAGGAAAUUUGACAUGGGUUAAACUGUUUAUCAGGUCCUGAUCUAUCUGCCCUGAUGAAUCGGACAACCGGUUGUUGGGUUGCUGCCCCUGAAUUGCUAAUUUUAAGGAAAUUUUGCCAUUCUGGGUUAUUAUUUUGUAUAUUGUUAUAGAUAGAGAUAAACUGUAAACAGCAAUAAUGUUCAGCAAAGGAAGAUCUUCAAAUAAGUCAACAUGACCAAAUGGUCAGUUGACCACUUAAGGAGAAAUUGACCUUUAUAGUAGUUUUUUCCCAAUUUUUCGUAAGUUUUUGUAAUCUUUUACAAAAAUCUUCUCCUCUGAAACAACUGGGCCAAAUUUAACCAUACUUGGCCAAAAUCAUCAUUGGGGUAUCUAGAUUAAAAAAUGUGUGCGGUGACCCAGUCAACCAAUGAAGAUGGCCACCAUGGCUUAAAAUAGAACAUAGUAAUCUAAUGUAGAUUUUGGCUUAUAACUCUGAAACAAAAGCAUUAAGAGCAAAUCUGACAGAAGUUAUAUAUAUUUAUCAAGUCAAUGUAUAUCUGCUAUGUAAUUUUCACAUGAAUUGGACAACUGUUUGUUGGGUUGCUGCCUCCUAAUUGGUUAAUUGUCAAGAAAUUUCCGGGUUUUAGUUAUUAUCUUGAAUACUAUUAUAGAUAAGAGACCAACUGUAAACAGCAAUAAUGUUCAGCAAAGUAAGAUCUGCAAAUCAGUUAGCAUGACCACAAUGGUCAGUUGACUGCUUAAUGAGUUAUUGCCCUUUGUAGUAAAUUUUUCAACAAUUUUCAUUAAUUUGGUAAAUUUUGGUAAAUAUUUUCAGAAUACUUUCCUCUGUAUCUAAAGGGCCAAGUC